CUAUCAUAAAUACUAGAGAUUUAUAUGUCAUUAUCUUAAACUAAAAUAUUUACUGAAACUAAUAUUUGAGUACCGUUGCUAAAAAUUUAAGUUGAACUACAAGAACAAGAAAAUGGAACCUCGACCAGAACAGUUAUUUCAUUACCAGCAACAGCCACAGGAUCAGCAACAACAGCAACAGCGACAGCGGCCGCAAAAUGUUGUUUUUAUGACACGGAGACCCGAACAGAGGCCGGAAUCGGAUCAGGUCGUCGUUUAUGUGAUCGAUGAACUAACAUUGCAGAUGUUUAUACGAAAAGUAUAUCUUAUUGCAAUCAUCUUCAUAUUAAGCACCUCCGUCACUUGGCUUUCGAUCGCUGCCUCCGGAUUUGAGUUCUAUCCAACGAUUCCUGUACCGUUUUUCGUCUGGCUGUUGCCAAUAUUGCCUUUGAUAUUAAUUUUGGAUUGUGUACCCAAAAUACGCUAUACUUUUCCCUGGAAUUGGGCGAUAACCAUACUUAUUGUCAUUCUUAUCACAUUCGCUGGCGCCUGUUUUAUGGAUGAAAUAGAAUUUCUCACCGUUCUUUUGGGUGUAGCUAUCUCCAUUGUGAUUGUUGCCGCUUUCUAUGUCUGUGGUGCUCUGUGUCCACAGUCAUUUGUGCCUGGAAUACUCUGCACAGCGGUUCUGAGUUGUCUUUUUCUCAUAACUCUGUUCUCAAUUGGCAUAGUGCUAAUAUUUGUGAAGAGUCCCGUACUUUACCUCGUCUUUGGCAUUCUAUUAUUGUGUAUGACAGUCGUGAUAAUGCCUUUCCACGCUCAGUAUAUCCAUGGUCGUCUACAGGUUGUGCCUCUGUUCGAUGUGCUGCACUGCUCUAUGACCAUCUACUUUCAUUUUAUAGUGACGUUUUCAGCCCUUUGUAUUUUCGAAUUUUACAUGAAGCAUAAGGACGACUAAUACAAUACCAAAAAAAAAGUGGCAUUACCUUUUUUCUUACAUUUUAAGAAAUUUUAUUACAUGAAUAAAGGAAAUUCUGGAGUCAUCAUAAUUAAAUCAUUAGGAUUUUCUCCAUCGAGAUACUGCAAAGCUUGCAACUUUUUAAUAAAGAACAAUAUAUGAA